CCAACACAUCAACAAUCUCCUCUCAUCUCUUGAGUAUUCCACUAGUCGGGGAUUCGCUUCCAGAACACUUCAACCAGCACCAUGAACAAGUCCGCCAUCUUGAUGAUCUUGCCCUGCGUUAUCGCCGUGGCCAUCGUUGUUGUGGAAGGUCAGUUGAUGACCUCCGGAGUCGGGUACUCUGGCUUGGGAGGAUACGGGAGCUACGGUAGCUAUGGAGCCGCCGGCGUCAGCAGACAGCAAUACCAGCAGAGGUACCUCCAGGAGUUCCUCAAGGCUCGCCAACAGAGAAACCAGCUGAACGCUUUGGCCAAACAGUCCACCUUCGCCAACUUCGUCAACUACAUUCCCCUGGUUCUUCUCCUGACCACCCUCACCAACAACACCGCUCUCCCCAUGAUUGGUUAGAUGUACGUCUUGGUAACGUUCAAGGGAAAUAACUAUCUAGCAGGGAUAGGAAGACCAGAUCAGUGGGCACGUGAUGUUUCUUUUUUGCCUGUUAACGAAUAAAAUAUAACCUAAAACAUAAA